CAAGUUUCAGUUCCAAGUCGGCAAUCGAGCGGCGCACAACUCAGCGGAAUCAAGUGAAAUCAACUCAAAGAUGAUCAUUAAAACCCUAGCGAUCGUAUCGCUAUGCCUGGUCAGCAUUCAGGCCUCGAAGGUGGGACCCCCUCAGUCUCAGGUGCCGAAGAAGCACCUGGUCUGCUACUACGAUUCCGCCAGUUUCGUCAAGGAAGGUCUGGGCAAACUGGUGAUCGAUGAACUGGAGCCGGCUCUGCAGUUCUGCGACUAUCUGAUCUAUGGAUAUGCCGGGAUCGAGCGUGAUUCCAACAAGGCGGUGAGUCUCAACCAGCAGUUGGACCUCGACUUGGGCAAGGGUCUGUACCGCACUGUGACCCGCUUGAAGCGCAAGUACCCCAAUGUGAAGUUCCUACUGAGCGUGGGCGGCGACAAGGACAUUGAACUGGACAAGGAUGGCAAGGAGCUGCCCAACAAGUAUCUGGAGCUGCUCGAGAGCGCCACAGGUCGCAAUCGCUUCGUGAACACCGUCUACUCGCUGGUGAAGACCUACGGCUUCGAUGGCCUCGACGUGGCCUGGCAGUUCCCCAAGAACAAGCCGAAGAAGGUGCACAGCGGCAUUGGCAGCCUUUGGAAGGGCUUCAAGAAGGUCUUCUCCGGCGAUUCGAUCGUUGACGAGAAGUCCGAGGAGCACAAGGAGCAGUUCACCGCCCUGCUGCGUGAUGUCAAGAACGCCUUCCGCCCGGACAACCUGCUGCUCUCCACCACCGUUCUGCCCAAUGUGAACUCAUCUUUGUUCUACGACAUUCCUGCCGUGAUCAACUAUCUGGACUUUGUGAACCUGGGAGCCUUCGAUUUCUCCACACCCCAGCGCAAUCCCGAGGUGGCCGACUAUAUCGCACCCAUUUAUGAGCUGAGCGAUCGCAAUCCCGAGUUCAACGUGGCCGCCCAGGUGAAGUACUGGCUGCGAAACAACUGUCCCGGCAGCAAGAUCAAUGUGGGCGUGGCCACCUACGGUCGUCCCUGGAAGUUGACGGAUGACUCCGGCGAUACGGGUGUUCCCCCCGUUAAGGAUGUCAAGGACGAGGCUCCAGAGGGUGGCAACACCAUGUUGCCGGGUAUUUACAGCUGGCCAGAGGUGUGUGCCCUGCUGCCCAACCAGAACAACGCCUAUGCCAAGGGUGCCAAUGCCCCUCUGACCAAGGUUCAGGAUCCAGCCAAGAGAUUCGGGUCGUAUGCCUACAGGGCAGCCGACAAAAAGGGCGACAAUGGCAUCUGGGUGAGCUUCGAGGAUCCCGACACCGCCGCCGAGAAGGCUGGCUAUGUGCGCACCGAAAACCUGGGUGGAGUGGCCCUAUUCGACUUGUCCUUUGACGAUUUCCGAGGACUUUGCACCAACGAGAAGUACCCCAUCCUCAGGGCGGUCAAGUAUCGCCUGACCAACUAAAAUGGGUGUCCUUUUGAUUAAUGUAUAAAUGACCAUGUGAAUGAAGUGCUUUAUCAAGAUAUAUUUGUCCCAUUAACUUUUGUAAUGUCAUAAAGAACCGUAGAACAUGUA